AUGGUGAAACUAGCAAAGGCAGCAAAUAAACAAUCUACGGGCAAGAAAAAGGCCCCACCACCACCAAAGGAAGUGGAGGAGUCCAGUGAGGAAGACAGCAGUGAAGAGGAAGAGGCUCCUCCACCAAAGGUCAAGAAAGUGAAGGCUGCUCCAGUGAAGGCGGCCAAGGCAACUCCAGCUAAGAAUGGCAAAGCUGCUAAAAAAGAAGAAAGCAGUGAGGAGGAGGAAUCUGACUCUGAAGAAGAAGCUCCGCCACCAAAAGUAACACCUAAAGCUGCCGCCAAAGCUAAGGCUGCACCAGCAAAGGCUGAAGAGUCUGACGAGGACGACGAUGAUGAUGAAUCUGAUGAGGAGCCUCCCCCUCCUAAAAAGACCCCCUCCAAACCUGCAGCUAAACCUGCAGCUAAAGCAAAGGCAGAAGAAUCAUCUGAAGAUGAUGAUUCUGAAGAGGAGGCCCCGCCCCCAAAACCUGCAGCUAAAGCGAAGUCUCCAGCAGCGAAAGCAAAGGCGCCUCCAGCAAAAGAAUCGUCAGAGGAAGAUGAUGACGAAGAGUCUGAAGAAGAAAUGGACACGACCCCAGCUCCUGCCAAAGCAAAGAAGGCCGGGAUGGUGAAGGCCAAGGAGGAGUCGGAGGGCGACGAUGAUGAAGAGGAUGAUGAUGAUGAGGAGGACGACGAUGAUGAUGAGGAAGAUGCCCCAGUGACUCCUGCAAAGAGGAAGGCUGAUGCCAAGAAGGAAACUCCACCGGCCAAGAAAGCAAAAACAGAAGGCGAAGGUUUUUGUUUAUAUAUUGGAAACCUGAAUUCAAAUAAAGACUUUGAUGAAAUUAAGGCGGCGCUGAAAAAAUUCUUCACCAAAAACGAGUUGGAAGUUGCUGACGUGCGGUUAGGAGGAUCAAAGAAAUUUGGCUAUGUGGAUUUUUCAUCUGAAGAGGAUCUACAGAAGGCCUUAGAACUAAACGGCAAAAAGUUUAUGGGACAAGAAAUAAAACUAGACCGAGCACGGAGUAAAGAGAACUCUCAGGAAGGAAGAAAAGAACGAGACUCUCGCACUUUAUUUGUGAAGAACCUUUCCUUCUCGGUCACUGUUGAAGAAGUGAAGGAAGUGUUUGAAGAUGCUGUAGACGUCCGGCUGCCGCUUGGACAGAAUGGCUCCAACCGAGGCAUCGCAUACAUAGAGUUUAAGUCCGAAGCAGAGGCUGAUAAGAUGUUGGAGCAGGCCCAGGGAACUGAGAUCCAAGGCAGAUCCAUCAUCCUGGAUUAUGUUGGAGACAAAAGCCAGAAAGGAGGCAGAAUGGGAGGAGGCGCUUCAGUGACUGCAUCCAAAACUCUGGUGGUCAACAACCUGGCCUUCACUGCGUCAGAGGAAACCCUACAGUCUGCAUUUGAAAAAGCGGUCUCUAUAAGAAUUCCUCAAAAUAACGGCAGGUCUAAAGGGUUUGCGUUCAUCGAAUUUGAAAACGCUGAUGACGCCAAAGACGCUUUUGAAAACCUAAACAACACAGACAUUGAAGGGCGAUCCAUUCGUCUUGAGUACAGCCAGGGCAGGAACGAUGGCGGCAGGGGGGCUUCUGGCCCGACAAAGACCUUGUUUAUUAAGGGUCUUUCUGAAGACACCACGGACCAGACGCUGCGGGAGGCGUUCGAGAGCGCAGUGGGAGCCAGGAUUGUUACUGACCGAGACACUGGAGCUUCCAAAUGUUUCGGGUUCGUGGACUUCGACAGUGAGAGCGACUGCAAAGCUGCGAAGGAGGCCAUGGAUGAUGGAGAGAUUGACGGGAGCAAAGUGACUCUUGACUACGCCAAGCCAAAGGGAGAAGGUGGAUUCCGUGGUGGUCGAGGGGGAGGAGGAUUCGGAGGUCGUGGGGGUGGAAGAGGAGGGUUUGGAGGUGGAUUCGGAGGCCGUGGUGGUGGAGGAAGAGGAGGCAGAGGUGGCUUUGGAGGCCGUGGAGGAGGAGGCAGAGGUGGAAGAGGAGGAUUUGGAGGUGGAAGAGGUGGUGGUUUUGGAAAACCACAAGGGAAAAAGAUCAAGUUUGAUGACUAA